AUGCAGGCGGCCGGUACGCGCAUCCCCGUCGCCAGCCCGCGGCGGCCGUGGGCGAACCGGGCUGCUACCUCCAAGCGGCCCACCUCUUUCCUCAUCCAAGACAUUUUGCGCCAUGGUGGCGAGGGGGCUCCCGGCUCUCGGCUGGAGGGAGCAAGAAGCCCGGAGGAGGAGGAGGAGGAGGAGGAGGAGGAGAAGCAGCAGCAGGGGGCUUCGCUCUUGGACCCAACCCAGAGGGAUCGCCUUCCUGCCGGACUCACCAAAGCCCCUGAGAAGCCCUGCGAGCUGGACGCAGCAGAUUCACCUGCUGAGACCUCCCUGUCAAACUGUGAGAACCCUUCCAAAUCCUUGCCAGACCACCCGAGGCCUUUGAAGCAGCAGAAGCGUUCGCGUGCUGCUUUUUCUCACACUCAGGUCAUAGAGCUGGAAAGGAAGUUCAGUCACCAGAAGUACCUGUCUGCCCCAGAGCGAGCCCACCUGGCCAAGAACCUGAAGCUGACCGAGACCCAGGUGAAAAUCUGGUUCCAAAACCGCCGGUACAAGACCAAGAGGAAGCAGCUGGCCUCCGAACUCAGCGGACUGGAUAAGAGCUCUGUUAUGCCAGCCUUUAAAGACCAUGACUUGGCCCGGGCUUCCCUGGCCCUCUCUGUGUAUCACGGCUACCAGUACAAUCCAUAUCUAUAUUACUUGAAUGCCUGGAGUCCCAUCUUGUGGUAA